AGUGAUAGCAGGAAGAUCGUAGAGAGAAGAAGAGAAAGCAAAAAAGAAAGAGGAAAUGGCAAAUUUAGGUGGCCUUACUGAUAUCGUUGGAGCUGAGAACAGCAUCGAUAUCCAGAGUCUCGCUCGCUUUGCAGUUGAUGACUACAACAAAAAACAGAAUGCAGUGUUGGAGUUUGUGAGAGUGAUAAGUGCAAAGCAGCAAGUGGUUGCAGGGAUUUUGUAUUACAUAACAUUAGAGGCAAAUGAUGGUGAAACAAAAAAGGUGUACGAAACAAAGGUGUUGGAGAAGGCAUGGUUGAACUUGAAGGAGGUGGAGGAAUUCAAGCCACUUGCUCUUAACCCUGUUUCAGAUUCGGUCUAGGUUACAGAAAAUUGCAUCUUCUUAGCUUGGCCACAAGAUUCUCCAUAUGUAUUCAAUAAAUGUGGCUGUUGUUCUUCAAAGGGGUAUGCAUGUUAAGGAAUUCUAUUUCAGCAAUUACUACAAAUGGAAGUUAUUAUUUAUUAUGUAUUUGCGUGUGUUAUAUAUGAAAUGAUUAUAUAGUUUAAA